AUGCCUUUCCGUGAAAGAGUUAGGCGGGUUUUCCACCGUCCUUCCUCCUCUAGCAGUGCCGAGAACAAGCCCAAGAUCCAAUACUAUCGUCGCCACGAGGUCCCGCCAUCUAAAUUCCGUGGCCCUUUUGACAAGAGCCACCAGAAAAGCUUGGCCGCCUGGUCCUUCGAGGGUGCCUGUGUCGAGCGGUCACGGUCUUGCGACGACCUGGCCCUCUCACCCUGCGCCACCAAUAAUGUCUAUGAUGGCUAUGCUGGCGCCGACAGCGACGAGGCCGAGUGCUCAUUGGACGAGAUAGCAGACUCAGCUCUUCCCUCGUUUGCGGUCUCGCAGUCCUCCACCAUCGUCGACCUGGAGAGCUAUGGCUUUUCAGCGGGCGCCUCCGUCAAGACCCUCGUCCCGGAGAAAGCGUCUUUCUACGACCUCCCCGACGACCCUAUUGCCCAGAUUAAGGAGUCCAUCCGCUUCACCUCGCCCGCCAUGUACGCUCCGACGCCCCGGAUCAUCUCGCCCUGCCUGUCGCCGCGAGGGAAGCAGCUCCCCUUCGCGCCGGAGGACCUGACUCGCGCCUUGAUCGCCGUGCAGAUCUGCGCGUAA